CUGGGCUAGAUCAGGCACAGACAGCCCAGCUGCAGGAUGCGUGCAUUGCUGGGAGGCUCUGGAGUUUUGAGUCCUCUUUUGCAAGCUCUGGCCCUUGUAGGUUAGACGGCAUGGUGUCUCUCAGGAAUGACUGGAUGGAGAAUUGACCAUCCGUUGCAAGGCAGAGGAAGCCUUGGAUUCGGAAUCUGAAAGGGGGCAAGUGGUGGGAAUAAAUGAAUGGACAGAGAAGACAGUCCAAACACCAUGGGGAUAAAAGAUCCUUUCAAGCUCAUUUUGCAGUGGCUCUUGCGGUUUUAUAUUCCCAUUAACUUUGGCAAUGAUGGGGGAAGAAGGUUCCCAGAAAUACCUGAGCAAAGGGCCUCUUCUGAAUGAUUUCAACUUCUGGCGUUAACGUUUGGCUGCCAACCAACCGCCCAGCUGUGAUGCAUUGUAUUUCAUAUGGAGGGUGUUCUACAGCAUGAGAAGUGCUUCUGGAAUUAAAUGGUUGGAAUGGGUGGAAAUCAUUGAACCUCGUACGCGGGAGCGCAUGUACGCCAACCUGAUCACGGGCGAGUGCGUCUGGGACCCGCCUGCCGGCGUCCGCAUCAAGCGCACCAACGAGAACCAGUGGUGGGAACUCUUUGACCCCAACACCUCACGCUUCUACUACUACAAUGCCACCACCCAGCGGACGGUGUGGCACCGGCCGCAGAACUGCGACAUCAUUCCCCUGGCAAAGCUCCAGACGCUGAAGCAGAACACCGAGUCGCCCCGGGCCUCCACCGAGAACAGCCCCGGGCGCAGCACCAAUGUCAGCCGGGAAGGGAGCACCAGCUCCUCCCUGGAGCAGGAGCCGGAGGGCGGAGAGAAGGUCCCGGAGCAGAACCGGCCCAACCGGCAGCCCUCUCAGUUUGCCAUUGUCAAGGAGGAAGCCGAAAGCUCUUCCCCUCCUGGAGUUUUUGAGAAGGAAUACGAGCUCUACCGAGACUACAGCUCAGACGGUCAGCGGCUCCACUACCGGGCAUCUUCUCUCCGGUGGAACACAGGGACGAAGGAGCGGAUGCUCAUCAAGGUGACAGACCGGGAGCCCAGCUUCCUGAUGCACCAGGGCAACGGCUACACCCUUGACCAUCAGCAGGGUACACGGUCGCGGAGGCCCUCGGGGGGCCAGCCGUCCCCCAACCUUCAGACCUUUGCCACUGAUUCAGACAACUCGGUCUUCUUCCCAGAAAGGAAGCAGUCGCCCUUCCUGAAACGGGCUGAUCACGUGGGCAGCUGCUCCCCGCUGCUGGGCCGGGGGGAAUCGUUCUGCUCCCCGAUGCAGGCCCAGCACCGAAAGCACUCCAGCGAGUCCCAGCCCUCCUCUCCGCGCUAUGCCUACGAACCCCCCCUGUAUGAGGAGCCUCCUAUGGAGUACCAGGCCCCCAUCUACGAUGAGCCGCCGGUGGACAUGCAGUUCGAGGCCAGCGGGAGCUACAAAGCUGGCUCGCCCCAGAAGUCGCCCAUCCGCAAGCCCCACCCGUUCCUGCAGUCGCCCAAGCAGGGCUCCAACUCCCCCUACCAGCAGCUGGUCUUGACCAAGCAGAAGGGCUCGGACCGCUUCAUGAGCUUGGAGUACAGCCCCGCCGGCAAGGAGUAUGUCAGGCAACUGGUCUACGUAGAGCAGGCGGGCUCCAGCCCCAAGAUGAAGAGUGCCCCCCGGCACAAGUACUCCCCCAACCCCAUCGGCGGCUCCUACUCGCUCCAGCACAGCCCCUGCCUGAUGCGGGACCAGCGCCUGGAGGUCAAAUCCGGGGACUACAGCAGCAUGGAAGGGGCAGAUUUCCGGCACAGCCCUCCGGCCGGCCAGCCGUCGCAGGGGGAAGACUCCAUGUCCUGCUCCAGCCAGCAGAACACGUUGUCCUCCACGGGCUACUCCCCGGGCAGCCGCAAACGGAAGAACAGGAAGCCCGCUCUCUCGUACGACCCCAACACCUCUUCCACCGACGGCUCUGGGGAGCGGGAGGAAGUGGCGCCGGAGGAGAGGCCUCCCUCUGGGUGCGGCCGGCCCCAGGGUGGGCGCUUGGAGAGCCGGUCCAUGGAGGGCGAGCCCAGCAGGGCCUUUGCGGAGCCCUUCCUGGCCCAGGCCCGCCUGGCCUGGGAGGCGCAGCAGGCCCAUUACCACAUGAAGCAGCGCAGCAGCUGGGACUCCCAGAAGGACGGUUCGGGGUACGAGAGCGACGGUGCCGUGCCGCUGCCCAUGCCGGGCCCGGUGGUGCGUGCCUUCAGCGAGGACGAGGCUCUGGCCCAACAGGAGAGCAAGCACUGGAAACGGAACCCCUUCGAGAAGCUGGCCUUUCCCCAGAUCCUGCUGGAGAAGAGCGUCUCUGUGCAGACGAAUUUGGCAUCGCCCGAGCCCUACCUGCAUCCGUCCCAGUCAGAGGAUCUUGGUGCCUGUGUUCAGUUUGAGAGCAGCAGACAGAACAGGAAUAUGAUGCCUAGCACCAGCUGUGUCUUCCCCACCUUCAAUCUGAGGAAGCCUUCCUCGGAGACAGACAUUGAGAACUGGGCCUCCAAACACUUCAACAAGCACACGCAAGGCCUCUUCCGGCGCAAGGUCUCCAUUGCCAACAUGCUGGCGUGGAGCAGCGAGUCCAUCAAGAAGCCCAUGAUCAUGACCACCGACCGCAACGUCAAGAAGGAAGCUUGUGAGAUUUUCAAACUGAUCCAGAUGUACAUGGGGGACCGGCGGUCUAAGACAGACCAGCUCAGCGUGGCUCUGGAGAUCGCCACCAAAGGGUGGAGCAUGCAGGGUCUCCGGGAUGAACUGUACAUCCAGUUGUGCCGGCAGACCACUGAGAACUUCCGCUAUGAGAGUCUCGCCCGGGGCUGGGAGCUGAUGUCCAUCUGUCUGGCUUUCUUCCCUCCCACCCCCAAGUUUCAUUCCUACUUAGAGGGAUACAUUUACAGGCACAUGGAUCCAGUGAAUGACACAAAAGUUACUCAGCACAUUAAAGAACUCCUGGAGAGAAACAGUAAGAAGAAGUCCAAAUUGAGAAAGAAACCCAAGCCUUAUAUUGAAGAGCGUGAUGGGGUGGCGGUAAGCACUUACGCCAAGUAUUGUUACAACAAGCUCCAGAAAGCAGCGUUGACUGGCGCCAAGAAGGGCCUGAAGAAGCCAAACAUUGAAGAGAUUCGUCAUGCCAAGAAUGCCGUCUUCAACCCUUCCAUGUUUGGAAGCUCUCUGCAAGAAAUCAUGAACAUGCAGAAGGAGAGGUACCCAGAUCGCCAGCUCCCGUGGGUGCAGACCAGGCUAUCAGAAGAGGUCCUGGCACUGAAUGGAGACCAGACCGAAGGCAUCUUCAGAGUCCCUGGAGACAUUGAUGAAGUCAACGCCCUCAAACUGCAGGUUGAUCAGUGGAAAAUCCCCACUGGCUUGGAAGAUCCCCAUGUUCCUGCCUCUUUGCUGAAGCUCUGGUAUCGGGAACUGGAGGAGCCUCUGAUACCCCACGAUUUUUAUGAACAGUGCAUCACACACUAUGAGAAUCCUGAAGCUGCGAUCGCUGUCGUCCACUCCCUGCCCAGGAUCAACAAGAUGGUGCUUUGCUACCUCAUCCGUUUCCUCCAGGUGUUUGUGCAGCCGGGUAAUGUGGCAGUCACCAAGAUGGACGUCAACAACCUUGCCAUGGUGAUGGCCCCCAACUGUCUGCGCUGCCAGUCGGACGACCCACGGAUUAUAUUUGAAAACACCCGCAAGGAAAUGUCCUUCAUCCGGGUGCUAAUCCAGCACCUGGACACAGGCUUCAUGGAGGCAGUGCUAUAGCCCCAGUGCCAACAGGAUCGGAAUGGAGUUGGACACCCGUCACCCUGGAUCUUCUCCCGUAUCCCAAAGUCAGUCAGUGAGAACCAUUUUUGAUGCAGCAGAAGAAACCACCUUGUUAAGCACCUGAAGAGAGAGCUGCGGGGCACUGACCUUGCCAUCUCGGCUGUGCCAACUUGGGCAUCUGACAUUGCCCAGGAAUCCCUUGGGGUGUCUGCUGUGGACCAAAUGAGGUUGACCCUUAGCAGCCCCCUUGUGGAGGCCUCCUGGCCAGGACUUCAUCAGGAAAGUUUGCGUUAACCGACAGCCUGGCACCAUUCGGGGGAACUGUGAACAAAGGUAGAAAAGCCGGGAGGCCUGCCCACCCCCCAGAUUAAGUCUGUUCUGUGGAAAUGGGGGCUUGCUACCUGGUUCGGGCAGCUGAGGGAAUGUUUGAAUUGGUAAGGGGGGCGAAUGUCCAAGACGGCAACUGAAUCCUUUUCAGACCAGCCGGAGGGUGGGAGGGAAUGAGUGUUACAGGGUGCAGAUCAUAAGGACUGGCGUUGCAGGGAAAAUGAACGUGCCUCCCAUGAAGUUGGUUAGUCCGGAUGCUCCUGAGGAGGGGGGGAGCCAUCAGAUUCACCACUGGGAACCCAAAGGGGGUGGUGUCUCUGGAAGGCAUAGACCAGGCUGUUGGUGAGGCUCAGAGACCUGCGGGCUGGCCUAGAGUUUUGGAAGAGCCCCUUCCUUUUCCCUUCCUUGUUGCAGCACAGUCACUGCCAAAGGGGCCGAGCCAUGCCCCCCACCCAGUUCCUCUCCCCGUGCCCAACAAACAGCCUGGUUAUGCUUUGUUGAAAUGGGAGCUGGAGUGCCAGGAGGAGUUUUGUUCCGGUCACCUUGUUCUCCUUGUCCGGCAGAGUUUUGUACAGUGUGAUGCAGAACCAGAGCGCUUUCCUUGCCCCUCUUUAAGUGAGGGGUGUGUGUGCAAAAGUUACCAGACCCUCCUUGAGCCUCACAGCUCCCCAGCUGGGUCAUGGCAGCAAGAAGGGUGGUGCCCCGGAUCCUGGAGUUGGCCUUCGCCACCCACCCCCUGUCCAACACCUCUUCUUGCACUCGGUGCUUUGGUGUUAGAGAAGGUGGGUCGCACUCGGGUUCGGUGGAGACCCUGGCCACAACCUAUUCCUCACGGGACCUCAAGUGAUAGACUUUGGCUGGAUCUGGGGCAUUCUCCACCAGGUUCCCAGAAGUUUUUCCAAAGGAGGGAGCUCAGUUCUCUUCCUUAGGCCAUCAAUGGGAGAAGGCCAGCAGUUGUGGUGAAAAUAAACUUCCCCAUGAAGUUUCCUCUGCCCUGAAUGCUUGUCCCCAACUUCCAUAUCCUUAGGAAAAAAAGACACUGAGGUAGGGGAUAUGGGAUGGAAGGCAACAGCUAUGAAAUGCUUUAUCCAAGCAACAUCUGAGCGAGUAAAUGUGCUCGGCAAACGUAGGAGGCUGCUGUGGCUCCCUUUUCAACCUGCGCAAAAGGAGUGACCUCCCGGCCUUUCAUGUUUAUUUCUCAUGUUCCACUGCUGAAAUCUGAUUUCUUUUCAGUAAGCAAAGCCAAAAUACCAGUUUCAUUUUCCUGAGGUGAAAGAAAAUCAGAAAGUGGAAUUAGCUGACUUUUGCUCCCCCAUCCCUUCAUAAUGUUUGGGAGAUGUCUCUGGGACUGUAUGAACGUUGCUUCUGUCUCCCAGGUCCAGGAAUGGACCAUCUUUUCUUGCGCGCGUGUGUCUGUGUGUAGAGGACAAGAAAGAGGAAGGGCUCAUCCAAGAGAUACUGGAGGGUCUUGGGAUGGGACAGUUAGUGGAGAACAUCUUGGACCCUAACCAUAACUCUGGCCUACAGGGGUGAAGCGUUCUGACACACAGCAGAGCGUCUGUUCUUAACACCAGCCUCCCCGAUGGCCACCUCACUCUCGCCCUUGUGCCUUCCUGCUUCCUGCAGUGUUUCAGACCCACAUCAGCUCUAAGCCCUUCUCCCUCGGCCUGACCAAAGGCCAGGGUGAUGGCCAUGAAGGUCUGCAGGGUAGUUGCAAUGAAGACCAUCCCACCAGGGCAAGCCCAUUUCUUGGAUAGUGUUGGCCACAGUGGGGCUACCUCCACCCUGCUGUGCUACAUGUGGCUCACGGUGGCUUCUGUGGGUUCUACCAUCCCUCACUGCUUCUAGAGAAGGGAUGCAGGAGCAUCCCAGGGGUUGUUGGCUGUUCCUGGCCAACUGGAGGGGAGGGGUCCCAUUCACUCUUGGGUGCUGAGCAGCUCUUGGAGUAGCUUGGGGUGACUCUCCAGAGAAAGUGCCUUUUAUUCCAACACAGCAGAGCCCUCCCACCUGCAACUUCCUUCUUAAAAAGGAACAUCCCGUUUCUGAAACUCUCUUUAGCUUAUUCCAGGUGCAGAGCAUUUACUCCUAGAUCAUGUCCCAGUGCAGAAAGAAGCUUGGAAGAGGCACAUACGUAUCUGGGCAACUCAAGGCUACCACCCUCAACCUGGUGUCCAUUGUCUGGGCUGGUCUUCAGCUCCCUUAAUCACCCAGCAAACUUGGGAGUUGGAGUACAAUGCAUUUGGCAAAAGUCAACUCAUGGGAGUGCUGAUUUCCCCACCUCAGGUCCAGUUCAUAAAAUGGUCAAGCUGAUUGGCUGGCAUGCAGGGUUUAGUGAGGGCAAUCUUUGCAAUCAGUGUUGGGGCUCUUCAACCAAAGCAAACUGGAAUCCAGAUGGAGCCCCAAAUGGGAAAAACAGGGCCACCAGUCUUCCAGCUUGGAUAAUACCCAAGAGGCCCCCCAACUCCUUGCAUUCUGCCAGGAUGCAAGGCCCCUUCCCAGCCUAGCAGCUCAGGUUUUCCAAAGAUCUUUUGGCUGGGAGAUCCCUGCUUUGUUUGCACUAUGUGUUGGUGAGAAGAAGCAGCAGUGCAGAAGGAGAGGAGAAUCAAACCUCCAAGCACAGUCUGCAAAGCGUUGGCCCCUCUUUUUCUGACGGUCAUUGUCUUUGCAUGAUAAAUCUAGAAGGUCUGUGGCCAGAGGCAAGCUUCCUCUUUUGUAACCAGAAAGGAAACCUGCCUCAUUUUACAACUGCUUGGAAAUCUGAGUGGGGCUUUCUUUGGUGGAUUGGUCAAGAAGAGUGCUGUUAGACAAACAGUUUGAGUUUUCUGGCAUAGGUUAACCUUUGAUGCAGAUGAUUGGGGGAUAGCCUCAACUUAACAACAGGCACACAGUUUCUGCCCUUCUUGGGGGGAAUUUAUAAUAUAGAGCAGUGUUUCUCAAC